UCCCCGCCGCCGCCACUGGGAGCGCGGCCCCUUUAAGAGCCCGGCUUUGCCUCCCGGUAGCUGAAGGUCAUUAAACACAAAAGCGCUCCAGCGCUGCGGUCCAAUAUAGCGCAUGCGCCCUGCCCGAGGACUGGCAGGGAGACGGCAAUAUGGCGAGAAUGCCUGGCAGCGGCGGCGGCGGCGAAUGGAGCGGCGGCGGCGGUGGAGGGGGAGGCGGCGGCGGCGGGUACGGCGCGGGGGAGCGGCCGCCGGGCCGCGGGCGAGGAGCCCCCCGGCCGCAUCGCUACUGCAGCGCUGGGGAGGAAGAGGAGGGCGAGGAGGAGGAUGAGAUCCAGGAGGUGCAGAUAACGGGGGACGAGGAGGAGGAGGACGGAGCCGAUGGGGGGCUGCUGCUGGACGAGGAGGAGGAGGAGGAGGAAGAGGAGAUGGGUCUGGACUGGGACGGCGAGGAGGAGCCCGAGCCCGUGCCGCCCGCCCCGGGCCGUACGCCGAGCGGCGGCGGCGGCGGCGGCGUCGUCGGGGCAGCCCCGGGGGGAACCGCGGCGACAGCCCCGGGGGGCGGCGGCGUUGGCCCCGGGGGUGCGGCGGAGGACUCGGAGCUGGAGGCGGCUCUGCUGCUGCAGCGGCCCGAGCGGGCGCAGCUGAGCGAGAACACGCGGCUGGCCACCCGCUACGCCGUGCGCAUCUUCCGCGAGUACCUGAGCGAGAAGGCGCAGAGCCCCGACUUCGAGACCAUGGACAAGGGGGCGCUGUGCCGGGUGCUGCGCUCCUUCUACGCCGAGGCGCGCUCCAAGAGCGGACAGCUCUACUCCAAGUCGUCCCUCAUCAGCAUCCGCAGCUCCCUCAACCGCUACCUCAACGAGCCGCCCUACUGCCGCACCCUCGACCUCACCAAGGACCCCGAGCUGCGAGCCGCCAACCUGACGCUGGCCGCCGUCAUCCGCAAGCUGGAGGAGAAGGGCGCGGGGCCGGUGGUGCAGAAGCAGGCCAUCGCCCGCGCCGACCUCCGCAAGCUCUACACCUGCAGCGUCUUCAGCACUCAGAGCCCCUUCGGGCUCCUCAAUAAGGUCUGGUUCGAGACCUGCAUGUAUUUCUGCACGCGGGGCCGGGAGAACCAGCGGGAGCUGGAGGAGGACUCCUUUGGACUGGCGGUGGAUGAGGACGGCCGCAAGUUUGUCUACAUCAAGGCGCUGGGGCCCUACCACAAGUCACGCUCGUCCUCCUGGAGCAAGAAGCGGGCGGAGAGCAGUGACGAGGAGAACCUGCCUCGCAUGUACGAGACCGGCACCGAGUUCUGCCCCUACGCCAGCUUUGUCAAGUACCUCUCCAAACGCAACCCCCUGUGCAAGGCCUUCUUCCAGCGCCCGCGGGACCACUGCAGUGAGGGCGACGUCACCUGGUACGAGAACAAGGCCAUCGGCAAGAACCUGCUGGGCACCCGCAUGCAGAUGCUCUCCAAGGCGGCCAAGCUCUCCAAGACCUACACCAACCACUGCAUCGGCGCCGUCUCCAUCGCCACCCUCAACAGCAUCGCCGGCAUCGGCACCAAGCUGGGGGGACCGCCUCUGCCACCCCAUCACCACCCCAUUCCCCACCACCACCACCACCACCACCUCCUCCACCACCCCGCUGGCGGGGCCUGCUACGCCUCCGCCGCCCUCAAUGGUGGGCUGAGGCCCCAGCCGCCCACCGCCAACCCCUACGUGCUGCCCAAAGACGGCGACGCCGCACCGGUGAAGGCAGAAGUGGCCGCAGUGGCCCCAGCCAAGCGGGCCCUCUACGAGGCCGUGUUCCCAGCAGGGGCCGUGGCUGGCGGUGAGGCCUGCGGGCCUUCUGCCUCCCCCAAAAGACUGUGCUGCCGCCCCGCCGAGCCCCCAGACGCCGCCGCUGUGCCUGCCUUGGUGGUGGUCUCAGUGAAACACGACCCCCUGCCUCACCUCCUGCCCGAAGCCAACGGGCACAGAAGCACCACCUCACCCACUGUAGUAUCACCUGCUCUUGUUUCCCCCACACAGGACAGUCGGCCCAAUAUGUCAAGACCUCUGAUCACUAGAUCCCCUGCAUCUCCAUUGAACAAUCAAGGCAUCCCCACUCCAGCACAACUCACAAAAUCCAACGCACCAGUUCACAUUGAUGUGGGUGGGCACAUGUAUACCAGCAGCUUGGCCACGCUUACAAAAUAUCCUGAUUCCAGAAUCGGCAGACUCUUUGAUGGCACAGAGCCCAUCGUCCUCGACAGCCUCAAGCAGCAUUAUUUCAUCGACAGAGAUGGGCAAAUGUUCAGAUAUAUCUUGAAUUUUUUAAGAACAUCAAAACUCCUCAUUCCUGAUGAUUUCAAGGACUACAGUUUGUUAUACGAAGAAGCAAAGUAUUUCCAGCUUCAGCCCAUGCUAGGAGAGAUGGAAAGGUGGAAACAAGACCGGGAGAGUGGCCGCUUCUCAAAGUCUUGCGAAUGCCUGGUGGUGCGUGUUGCCCCAGAUCUCGGUGAGAGGAUUACGCUGAGUGGCGAUAAGUCGUUGAUAGAAGAAGUGUUUCCAGAAAUUGGUGAUGUGAUGUGUAAUUCUGUCAAUGCCGGCUGGAAUCAUGACUCAACGCAUGUCAUCAGAUUUCCACUGAAUGGAUACUGCCACCUCAACUCAGUUCAGGUCCUUGAGAGGUUACAGCAAAGAGGAUUUGAGAUUGUUGGCUCGUGUGGAGGUGGGGUGGACUCUUCCCAAUUCAGUGAAUACGUACUGAGACGAGAACUCAGAAGGACAUCUCGUGCACCCUCCGUCAUUCGAAUAAAGCAAGAGCCUCUGGACUAAAAUGGACGUGUUUCUUUAUGCAAAAAACAAAAAACAAAAGAAACAAAACAAAAAAAGAAAGAAAGGAAAAAAAAAAAAAAAGGAAAAAAAAAAAAAAGAGAGAGAGAGGAAAAAAGGGGGACGUUUCAUGUGCAGUUUGGACUCCAAACAAGUCCUGGAAGUAAAACUGAAUAAAAGACACAUUUAUAUCAAAUAUAGAGACCACACCUGAAUUCAUAUGGGAACACUUGGAAUAGUAGUAAUAAUAAAAACCUCAAGGUGUAGGAAGAAAACACAAACACACACAUAUAUAUAUGUACGUGCAUACAUAUAUAUAUGUAUGUAUACAUCAAAGGGUAGGAAAUGCAAUGACAAACAAGUGGUAGAUGAGGUUGGUGCUGUGUUGGCCAUUAAGUGUCCUAAGCCUUCCUUGGGCCCACUUAACGGUGUACAAGCCAUUACCAUGGGGGGAUUCGUAGACAGCUCUUAACACAUUUUCCAUUGCCAAGCACUCAUCCACUUUUUAAUGUCUACGCACCCUGAUUCAACUCUACUUGCAUAUGGAGGUUUAUGUCUGUCUUGUAGAGGUGGAUGGGCAGGUGUUCAGGAGGUGACCAUCCAUUGCAUUGAAAAGCUACUCCGAUGAGAUUUAAAAUGUAGUUUGUACAGAAGUCGCACACGUUUUGUCUGCCCUCACAGAUGUGAAAGCUUAACUUUUCUUUUGAAUGAAUUUUUUGUUGUUUUAUUAUUUUUUUUUCCGUUUUGUUUUGUGUUUUGUUUUGUUUUGUUUUGUUUUUUUCCAAAGGGGGCCAGAAUAAUGAAUAUUUGGUAGAGACGCUCUGGUUUGAAUCUGCUGCUUUCCUACAAUUUUUCAAAUUUUAUAAUGUAUUAAAUACAAUAAACUCUGUUUAAAGUAA